AACUUUCCGUGUUUUGUUUUGACUUUCUUCUGCGUGCCUGGCCUUCCGCCUUUAUAUAUAUAACCAAGCCAAACUAAACAAAUUCACAAUCUUAUCUCCUCUCUCAUCACAAGAGCUCAUCAGGCAUCGUACUCGGAAUCGGCAUAAAGAUUGCAUCGUCAGCAUAUCAAUCCGGCCACAUCACGCCGUGAGCAAAUGGAGAACAAUGAAGUCGAAGUUCCUCCAUUCUUCCUCUGUCCCAUCUCACUGGAGAUCAUGAGAGAUCCGGUUACCGUCUCGACGGGGAUAACCUAUGACCGAGAGAGCAUCGAGACAUGGCUGGCCUCAUCCAAAAACAGCCUGUGCCCCGUCACAAAACAGCCCAUCUCCGACAUGGACCUGACCCCAAACCACACCCUUCGCCGUCUGCUCCAAUCUUGGUGCACCCUCAACUCGUCGCAUGGCAUCGAGCGAAUCCCGACCCCUAAGGCCCCCGUCAGCAAAGCCCAGAUCACCGAGAUCCUGCGAGAUGCCAACAAGCCUCAGCUCCAGCAGAAGUGUCUUAGGCGGUUGAGAUCUAUCGCUUCUCAUAAUACUUCGGCCAAGCGGUGCAUGGAAGCUGCCGGGGCCAUCGAGUUCCUGGCCUCCGUGAUAAACACCACCUCACAAGAUCAGGCAUCGGCAUCGGAAGACGGAUCCCUGCUUGACAUCAAAUCACCAAGCGACGACGCACUGUGCAUCCUCUACCAUCUCCAGCUCUCUGCGCCGGGCCUCAAGAGCCUUGUGGCCAAGGACGGUGAGUUCAUUAAAUCACUCACACGCAUCAUGCAGUGUGGGCCCUACGAGUCGAGGGCAUACGCUGUGCUGCUGCUCAAGUCGAUGUUCGAGGUCGCCGAGCCGAUGCAGAUCAUCACGCUUAGGCAGGAAUUCUUCACCGAGGUGGCCCAAGUCCUUCACGACCAGAUCUCUCAGCAGGCCACGAAGGCCACACUGAAGCUACUGAUUAACCUAUGCCCUUGGGGCAGAAACAGGAUCAAAGCCGUCGAAUCUGGGGCAGUCUCCAUAUUGGUAGAGCUACUUCUCGGUUGUUCAGACCGGAGGACCAGCGAGUUAAUAUUGAUGUUGUUGGAGAUGCUGUGCCAAUGCGCCGAGGGGAGGGCGGAGUUGCUAAGGCAUGGGGCGGGCAUCGCAGUCGUGUCGAAGAGAAUACUUAGAGUUUCGCAAGUGGCUAGCGAGAGGGCGGUCCGAAUUCUGCUCUCUGUCUCCAAGUUCUCGGCAACGACAAGCCUGGCGCAAGAGAUGUUGCAGUUGGGCGUCGCAGCGAAGCUGUGUUUGGUUCUGCAAGUGGACUCUGGGAGGAAGACCAAAGAGAAGGCGAUUGAGAUACUGAAAUUGCACGCUAGGGUUUGGAAGCACUCUCCUUGUAUACCCUCCAAUUUGCUCUCAUCAUACCCAUCUUGAAAGAGAGAGUGAGCUUGUAGUUUUCUUUGCCUUUUUUGGCUAAGAAUUUGUAUAUUAAUUCAUGUAAUGGUUACUGUCACACCAUCAGUGAAAGUUGUACCUUUCCAACUGAUGAUGGACACAGUAAGAACGCCCGUAGUGGAUGGAGUACUCUUUUAUAGAUAUGGACAUGAAAUGAUGUCCAUGAUAAUA